AUGAAAGAAGUUCUUUUAUUAGGAUCAGGUUUUGUUGCAAAACCUGCAGUCGAUUACUUAUUAAAGAGAAAUGAUGUUCAUCUUACUGUUUUAAGUCUUUUCCAAAAUGAAUUGGAUAAUAUCUCAAAAGGAUUACCAACAGAGCAAAUCACAACCAUACAAUUGGAUGUGAUGAAUAAUUUGGAGUCGUUGAAUGAGUAUAUUCCAAAGUGUUUGGUUGUCAUCAGUUUGUUGCCUGCCACCAUGCAUUGUGCUGUCGCCAAGAUGUGUAUCGCUCACAAGAAACACUUGGUAACCGCCAGUUACAUCAGUCCAGAGAUGCGUUCACUCGACGCAGCUGCAAAGGAUGCCGGCGUUCUCUUGUUGAACGAGCUCGGUUUGGAUCCAGGAAUCGACCACAUGUCAUCGAUGAAGAUCAUCGACGCCGCCAAAGCCAAAGGCGCCACAGUCAGCUCGUUCAUCUCGUGGUGCGGUGCGCUGCCAGCCCAAGAAUUUGCAGACAACCCCUUUGGCUACAAAUUCUCGUGGUCGCCACGUGGUGUUCUCUCGUCGGCGUCGUUGCCAGCCACCUUCCUCUGGAACGGUUCGAUCGACAACAUUCCACCACACAUCAAAUUCGGUGUGAUGCAACCGGUCUCGAUUCGCUCGGCCGACGGCACCACCAUGGAGUUUGAGGGUGUUGCCAACCGUGACUCGCUGCCAUACAUCGAUGCCUACAGCUUGGAUCGUGCACAAGUAAAGACAAUGUAUCGUGGUACAUUGCGUUGGAAAGGAUUCAGUGUGAUGAUUCGUGCGCUGGUUGCCGUUGGAUUCUUCUCGACCGAGAAGGACGAGCGUCUCAGCGCCAACCCCGCGCCAACCUGGCAGCAAUACGUCUCACAACUCCUCGGUUGCAAUAACAACAUCUCUGACAUUGAAUAUUGCUUGGAGUCAUCGAUUAGAGAUGCUUUCACCAAGCAAAAGGCAGAAGCCGAAUCACUCAACUACAAAUUCCCCAUCAUCUCGCGUGACAUCGAUGCCGACGUGAAGACUGCACUCGACGGAAUCAAGUGGAUCGGAUUGCUCUCAGAGACUGACCAGGUGGUGAGCAAGCAUACUCCUAUCGAUACACUCUGUGCACUCUUGGAGAAGAAGCUCUCUUACAACGCUGGCGAGAGAGACAUUGUCGUACUCCAACAUGAAUUCAUCAUCGAGUCGAACAACGCCGACGGCUCAAAGAAGAUCGAAAAGGAAUACUCUCAAUUGAUUUGCUACGGAAAGCCCAAUGGAAGUUCUGGUACCUCACUCACCGUCGGUCUUCCAGUUGGUAUCGCCACCGAGCUUAUCAUUGACGAUGCAACCACCACUCGUGGUGUAACAGGUCCAAUGACACCGGAAUUCUAUCUUCCAAUUCUAGAGAGACUUGGUAAAGAAGGUAUUGAAAUGAGUGAAUUCACUGUUCAUGAAUAA